CCUACAUACUCAGAACAAACACCCGAUCAGUGUUUAUUUCAUCACCAGCACAGGUACAGCAGGGACAAUGGCUUCAAGAGGGAAAAGAACAUUAACUGGACUCGCUAAAUCUUGUAAGCAGGGACAGGACCAGGGCAGGUCCUCUGAGCUGAGGAUGGUGCUGCUUGGGAAGACAGGAGAUGGGAAGAGUGCCUCUGGAAACACCAUCCUGGGCAGUAAGAAGUUUGAAUCUAAAAUCAGCGCCUCCUCAACAACAAGAAAGUGUAAGAAGAAAACAGCUGUCGUUGCUGGGAGAAAGGUUUCUGUGAUCAACACUCCAGGAAUCUUCAACACAGAUCUCUCUGAAGACGAGGUUAAACAGGAGAUUGGGAGAUGCAUCUCCCUGUGCUCCCCGGGACCCCACGCAUUCCUCCUGGUGAUGCCGUUGGGUCGAUACACGGGGCACAAGCGUGAAACAGUGCAGGAAAUCCAGAAGAUGUUUAAUGAGGAAGUUAUGAGGUACACCAUCAUUCUGUUCACUAGAGCGAAUGAACUAAAAAAGGACGAGACUAUCGAGGAGUACCUUGAGAGAGGCAGCCAGGAGCUCCAGGAGCUGGUUAAAAAGUGUGGAAGAUGUCACGCAUUCAAUAACAAGGAGGAGAAUCCCACCCAGGUCACUGAGCUACUGCAGAAAAUAGAGAGCAUGGUGGCAAAGAAUGGGGGCAGCCACUACACUGAUGAGAUAUACCAGCUGGCAGAAGCAGUGAUCACAGAAGAGCGGGCUAGUAACGGAAUAAGCAGAGAAAAGACCGAAAAGUCCAACAGUUUCAUUAAGGCAUUGACCAUACUGACAGGAGCAGCAGUGGGAGCUGGUCUGGGGAUCUUAUUGGGAGGGGGGCUAGCAUGUAUUGCAGGUGGGGCAGCAGUGGUACCAGGAGCAGCGGCACGAGGGGUAUUAGGGGGAGUAGUUGGAGCAUCAAUUGGAUCAGAAGCAUCAGGGCCAAGCGAUACAGUACAGAAAGUGAUCAAAGCACUAGUAGACAUCAAAUGGGCAGUCAACACAAUAAAAACAGUAGGUGUGCCUGAACUUGGCAAGCAACAAUAGAAGCAGUAUGUGCACCCGAAUGCAAGUUUACCAUGGUGAAUUUAAUGUAUUUUCAUGGGGAGUAUCGGGGUAAACAUGUUGAGUCUUUUUUCUGAUUAUUGGUAUUAGCAUGGUUUUGUUAAAAAUGAACUUUGUAUUCUGCUUUAUAGUACAAUUUAAGAGUGUUAAUAUCUUCACUGUUCU